AUGUGGGUCGGUGCGGCUGUGUGGGCCUGGCUGGUGGUGUGCGUCGCGGCGCACACCAUCGACCUUCUGCCGAGCUCGGAGCACUGUUUCUUUGAGGAUAUGCACGUCGGUGACGAAAUGACGCUGACGUACCAAGUGUCGGGCGGCGGGCACCUCGACAUCGACGUGCGCGUCAAGGACCCCGACAACCAGCUGCUCUUCCAGCAGCUGCGCAAGGAUACUGGCACUUAUGACUUUAUCGCCGAGAUGGACGGCCGCUAUACAUACUGCUUCAGCAAUGAGUUCUCGACCGUGACGGACAAGACGCUGAGCUUCAACGUGCACGGCAUCCUGUACCUGACCGAGGAGGAGGGGCUCAUUCCCGCCGAGCGCGAGCUGCGCGAGCUGGCGACGAAUGUACAGAUGUUUAAGGACGAGCAAGAGUACCUCGUGAUGCGCGAGCGUGUACACCGCAACACCGCCGAAAGCACCAACUCCCGCGUCAAGUGGUGGUCGGUCAUCCAGAGCAUCUUGGUGGUGCUGGUAUGCGCCUUCCAAGUGUACUUUGUCAAGCGCCAAUUCGAGGUACGCCGCACGAUCUAG